UAGUAUGUGCAAGUUGCAAUGUAUCAGUACAGGAAAAUAUUCGGAGCAAGAACACGGUCCGACAUGUCAUCAUCCAAGACGAUGUUCUGUGACCUUUGCGUCGUCCUGCUGUUCGGACUCACUAGCAUUUUAGCCGAAGAUAAAACAGUCAAUGUGCCAGUCGACGAAGGGCCCAAAGGGAACUGCUCCUGUGGCGGCUUCUCGACCAUGACGCCAGAUCCAGACAGCAAGCCCGUGCUCUCGCAGACACCAGGCUUGGUCAUCAGUUGCAACUCCGAAGGGCAGGCCACGUGCAAAAGCCUGUGUAACGCAUUGGGCACUGCGACUAAGGCAAAAGGCCCUGAAAUCCUUUGCAAUAAGCUGGUGAAUGCUGAUGAGCUCAAGCUAUCAGCAUUUUACAAAGCGUGCGACAAUCCGUGGGCGUAUGCGGACAUGACAGCGGACGCGGCGCUCUGUUGCGAGAACAGCAAAGUUAAUAAAUGUGCGUCAGCGCCCGCCACCAACGCCACCACGUCCGCGCCCGAAAUCAAGACUGUAGUGUGAACAGCUAGCCCAAUGUAUAGUGCUGUGUAUUGUAUCAAUAAAACAUUGCAUUCUGUU